GCCCUUGGUAACCACGUUCUUGACCAUAACCGCAUCUUUAGAUCCUCAUGAGUGGGGAAUGAAGGGGUACCAACCAGGAGGCAGCUCCCACCGGGCUCAGCUGGCUGCCAGAAUUCCCACCAGACCACAUCAAUCUGGCCCUGGGCUCAGGGCAUGAUGUGAAAGUGAGAGCCUUGGCCCGGUUGCAAUUAAGACUGAAACCGGGUCACAUUAAGGGUAAGAAUCACCAGGCCCUGGCCACCGGAUUCUCUCAUGCUGAGCUCUUCCAUCACUAGGAAUGUUUUUCAUGUAACUGUAGCUGAAUUGAGACAUCCAAGGUCAUCUAUGCAUUUGGACGAGAUUCAGACAUCUAGGCGGCUUGUUCGGCUUUACCCGGGAGAGUCUUCUAAAAAAGGAGCCCAUUCAUCCUCUAUUAUUUUGAUCCCAUAUCUAAGUCAAAAUGCUAACAAAUAAAAAUACAACAACCUAUCGCUUAAAAGAAGAGACAAAUGCAAUGGGGGCUGCUCAAAUAAUGCUUGGCCUAAUCCACAAUGCUCUGGCGACUCUCUGGAUCUCUUUGUACCAUGUAGAAGACAAGAAAUACAGUAUUGGUUCUAAACUUAUGCUGGUUAGCAUCUGUUACCUGCUUGUGUCUGGAGCAUUGUUCAUCAACUCGGGAGCCAGCAGUAUAACCCAGGGUAGUUCUUCAAUAUAUCAGCGUAUAAUAGCAAUUAUAGCAAACACCUUAAGUAUCUUCGCGGCUCUCUUUGGUGCAGCGCUAUUUGGAUAUGAAUUUCCACUUUUUGAAUCAAUGGGAAUUGAAUACAUUUGGUCAAAUAUGGCUGGCAUGAUGCUUCUACAAAUUUCUGUCUUGUGUACCAUCUCAGAGUUGAUUAUUGCAAUCACAGUGCUCCACUGGUUCAUGUCAUCGCGUAAAAAUAAAGUACCCUCAAACGAAAUUUUCUCAGAACCACCACCUUCAAAACCACCAUCUCUACUCGACUUGGAAAAUGUCUCUGAAGACUCCUAACCAAAGAAAAUAGAAGAUGAAAUUGAUGUGACUUAACUGAAGAGCCCUUCAGUCACAUCCUUGCCACUUCUCACUUUCUCCUAGUUCAGUAAUAAAUGAUGCAAUUUGAUCACAAA